GCCGCAUACAGCCACGUCGCGAGAGUUCCGAAAGACACUCAGCAAUCGCUCGCGAAACAGAUUCCAAUAUGACGACCUUUGAACCUUCCCUCAGCACUACCAUGCGCGCGUCGUCGCACGAUGCGCCGUCCAUGGCGGACCAGCUGCCCUCGAUCAACUUCGGCUUCGACGACUUGCGCAGCCGCAUGAACCAGUUCACAACGAGAUUCGACGCAUUUAUCGAGAAUGGGCGCCGGCGAGUGCUGGAAGAGCGCAAUCAGUUCCGCAUGAACGUCGCAGAACUCCACGAGGACCAACGCAUGAAGAAGCGCGAUAUUGAAAUCCUUGAGCUCAAGACAGCACAGCACAGCCAGACGCUUUCCAAGGAGGCCCAGGAAACGACAGAGAUGCAGGAAGCCAUUGCGACGCUUACCCUGCAACGAGACGAGCGCCUCGCCCACCGCGACAAUCUCCGGUCUCAAAUCGCAGAGCUACAAAAGACAAUUUCUGCACGCAGAGAAGCACAGCUCAAGCACCGCCGGUAUCUCGAUGGCCAGAGCCGCUACAAUGAGCCAGAGCUGGACUUCUGGGAGAGCUAUCUCGGCCUGAGGAUUGAGGGGCUAGGAAAGGAUGACAGACUCAAGUUUGUCUACACCAACGUUGACGAGAGGGAGUGGGAUCGCGAGGCGUGGUUUGAACUGGACACUAGCGAGCGCGACUACAAGGUGCUAGAAGUGAGGCCCAAGGUCGAGCGCGAGGAGGUUGAAAGGGUAGUGGAGCGAUUGAACGAGACGCGCGACCUAGCAGGCUUCCUAAAGGGCAUGCGAGAAUUAUUCGUGGAAGCUUGCAAGUAGACCUCUACUUCCCGCACAACACGAAUCACGACAUUGGAUUACAGACGGCGUUUGGACAUGUAGGGUUGGGUAUUUUCGUCUUUUGGUG